AUGUCGGGGUUUGAAGUCGCUGGCACAGUCCUGGGCUCGCUCCCCUUGCUCGUCACAGCCUUGGAAACCUACUGCAAAUUCAUGCGCGACUGGGGCAAAGCCCAGUCAGAGCUGAAGAGUCUGAAUCGCCAAUUGACCACGGAACGAGCGAAAUUAUACAACGUCUGCGAUCUUCUCAUCAGUGACGUGGUACCGCAGAGAGAUGUUGAGCCGAUGCUGCUUAGUCCGUUCGGGCCCCUUUGGCGAGUCCCCGAAACGAAUGAGAGGAUUCGGCGGAGGCUUUGGGAUGCCUACAGUCCAUUUGAGGAGACUGUUGCUGAGAUUAAAGAGGCACUUGAGACCAUCAUGGGACGACUGAGGGUGCAAAUAUCUCAGGAUGGCCAGGUUGAGUGGGUGAACAAAACUCGCAUGACCCGAGAAUUCAAAAAGCUUCUGUAUCGCCUCAACAGAGACGACUACAAAGAUGAUAUUGCUACGAUAUCAAAAGGUAUCAGCGACCUGGAGACGUUGACUAAACUGAGUAUAAGACUCGAACCCAGUCGAAGGAAACAGUCUCGUGGCAAGCUUCUCAAGAUCCUAAGAGACCUUUCGACCAGUAUCUAUCGAGCACUCUGUUCUAGCAUCAUCUGCACUGAUGCACAUGAUACAAAAACUAUGAAGAGAGUGUCAUUCGGAAUCAAGCAAAGCUUAUCAUUCAUGAGUUCCACAAGGUCAACACACGAUGUCAAAUCAGCAAUGGCAUCAUUGAGCCGUCCCGCCACGGAUGUCGCUUUCAUCAAAACCUCUGACGAAGAGAGGCAAAUUUUCACGAAGCAGUCCCUCGACCUUUGCACGGCUCUGAGAAAUGCAAGACAAGCGCGGCCCGUCUGUUACGGCCAUCUUAUCGAUACAGAAUGUGCUGAUCGACAUUUCCGAGUGUAUCCGUUAGGAACUAUAGCCAACAGUGACGGUUGGUCGAUAGUGACUUUGAGUGACAUCCUGGAGGGCAAAAGGGGCCUCAAGCCGUUGAUUUCCCUCGCCGAGAAGGUUCAACUUGCGCUCGCCAUCGCAUCAAGUGUUCUUCAGCUGAGCAAAACCCCUUGGCUUCCAGAAGCUUUGACAAGAAAAAACGUGCAUUUCUUUCGAAGAGAUGAAACCCUUUCAUACAAAUACCCUUUUCUCCUACGAAGUUUUCCAGAAUAUCCCUCACAACUCCCAAAUCCUACCGCGGCAUCCGGAUGCAUCCCAUUGAGCAACCCCACGCUUUUUGCACUAGGAAUCCUUCUUCUAGAGAUAAUCCUUGGACAGUCCUUCGAACAACUCCGGUCGCCGGACGAGAAGCCCAUUUAUGGUGACUACAACGGUGUGAUUCGUAAUUCAAUUGCGGCACAUAAGUUGUUGGAAAGGGUUGCUUUGAUUAAUACGGCGUAUCAAGCCGUUAUCCAGAGAUGUAUAGACUGCACCGAGACUCGUGGGUUGGACGAGGAUGGGUUUAGACAAGAGGUUUACAAUGAUGUCGUCUUGGAGCUUGAGGCUAUUCUGGAGUCGACCAAGUUGGGUAUGUAA